AUUAACAUGAAUUGUUAAUGAUUUUCUUCAGUUUCAAUGUAGCUUCUACUCGAAACACAUUGUGUAUCUGCUAUUGAUCAUAACAUUCGCCAGCGCCACAAGCGUUGUCCCCAUUGUGUUGCUCGUACAUCUGUGAUGCCUGACAAAUAUACCUAUGUUAGGAAAGUGUUCCAUUAGUCUAACGUUUUCUGCCUGUGUUAUAUGCAGAUGAGUCUAUCUUCAACGUAGAUGGACACUGCUUCGAUGGCGUUUUCCAUGUUCCUUAUGUAGGUUUGGGUGUUCAAUGCGAGCAGCAUGUUAACAUUGUUCAAGACACAGCGAGACAUGUGGGUGUUCGGUUUUGGAGUACUGUUGUGUGGAGUUCCUCUAGCGGAAUUGGCUUGUACUGCCGUCAGUGGUCAGAUGACGCACCUGUCUGGUCAAAGGUUGACUGGUCAUACCUAUAUCAAUAACACUGUUGCCACUGUAGAUGUGUGUGCACUUCUGUGUAUCAGCGAGUCCCUGUGUGAGUCCUUUAACUACAACGUACUGACUGAAGCGUGUGAGAGGAAUUACGAAACUGGAGAUUCCAAGCCAAGUAAUCUUCAGUCGGAGUCAAGCUGGCUAUAUACUGAAUCUGUGAAAAUACCGAAGACCCUGGCGGGAGUUUGCGCGACUCAUAUGUGUCAGCGUGACGAACAAUGUAGGCCACUAGGUGGCGUAGCUACAUGCAUCAAAGUGAAUCGAUGUUAUAACAUGGUGAAUGGUCGCGCUGAGUACGACGGGACACUAUCCACUACAAGGAGCGGCUACUCGUGUCAGCGAUGGGAUGAUCAUACUACACACAGUCACUUAAACAAUGGUGACGACUCCAGCCACUUCUCUGCAGAUGACAGCCUUGAGGAGGCGGCCAAUUACUGCCGUACACCAACCACAGACGGGGAAAUAUAUCCCUGGUGUUACACCACAGACCCAAAUAUACGUUGGGAAUUCUGCGAUUUACCUGAAUGCUGAGUGGCACAGCUGUGAUGUACUACAAUAGUGAAGGAGACAGACCUCUACGGACAAACUGCGAUGUACUACACUAUUGAAGGAGACAUACCUCUACCUACAAACUACGAUGUACUACAAUAUUGAAGGAGACAUACCUCUACGGACAAACUGCGAUGUACUACAUUUUUUUAAGGAGACAGACCUCUACGGACAAACUGUGAUGUACUACACUAUUGAAGGAGACAGACCUCUAAGGACAAACUGUGAUGUACUACAAUAUUGAAGGAGACAUACCUCUAAGGACAAACGGUGAUGUACUACAAUAUUGAAGGAGACAGACCUCUAAGGACAAACUGUGAUGUACUACAAUAUUGAAGGAGACAUACCUCUAAGGACAAACUGUGAUGUACUACAAUAUUGAAGGAGACAGACCUCUGAGGACAAACUGUGAUGUACUACAAUAUUUUAGAAGACAGACCUCUACGGACAAACUGCGAUGUACUACAAUAUUGAAGGAGACAGACCUCUAAGGACAAACGGUGAUGUACUACAAUAUUGAAGGAGACAGACCUCUAAGGACAAACUGUGAUGUACUACAAUAUUGAAGGAGACAGACCUCUAAGGACAAACUGUGAUGUACUACAAUAUUUUAGAAGACAGACCUCUACGGACAAACUGCGAUGUACUACAAUAUUGAAGGAGACAGACCUCUAAGGACAAACGGUGAUGUACUACAAUAUUGAAGGAGACAGACCUCUAAGGACAAACUGUGAUGUACUACAAUAUUGAAGGAGACAUACCUCUAAGGACAAACUGUGAUGUACUACAAUAUUGAAGGAGAAAGACCUCUAAGGACAAACUGUGAUGUACUACAAUAUUGAAGGAGACAAACCUCUAAGGACAAACGGUGAUGUACUACAAUAUUGAAGGAGACAGACCUCUAAGGACAAACUGUGAUGUACUACAAUAUUUUAGAAGACAGACCUCUACGGACAAACUGCGAUGUACUACAAUAUUGAAGGAGACAGACCUCUAAGGACAAACUGUGAUGUACUACAAUAUUGAAGGAGACAGACCUCUAAGGACAAACUGUGAUGUACUACAAUAUUGUAGGAGACAGACCUCUAAGGACAAACUGUGAUGUACUACAAUAUUGAAGGAGACAUACCUCUAAGGACAAACUGUGAUGUACUACAAUAUUGAAGGAGACAGACCUCUAAGGACAAACUGUGAUGUACUACAAUAUUGUAGAAGACAGACCUCUACGGACAAACUGUGAUGUACUACAAUAUUGAAGGAGACAUAUCUCUACGGACAAACUGUGAUGUACUACAAUAUUGUAGGAGACAGACCUCUAAGGACAAACUGUGAUGUACUACAAUAUUGAAAGAGACAUACCUCUAAGGACAAACUGUGAUGUACUACAAUAUUGUAGGAGAUAGACCUCUACGGACAAACUACGAUGUACAACAAUAUUGAAGGAGACAGACCUCUACCUACAAACUACGAUCCUUCAUGAUGUUGAAUGGGACAGCUCCGUAAGGGUAAACGCACGAACUGGAUAUUCCGAGGCUGAAGAAUCUCAUGUUUUCGAAUUGUAUUGCAUAACAUUUCCGUGCAGCAUAUUUGUGUUGUAUGUAUUUACUUUAAUAUAUCUAUUUGUUGUAACUUUCAGACCGUGUAGUUGAUCUGAUUACGAAAUAUUUUGUUACUUUGACGCAGUAUCAGAAGUCAGCUAACGCAUACGUAACUGGGUAUUCAUUACAAAUACUGAUACAAGCCAGCUCCGAUUUAUAUUUACAUAUGUUAAGGGACUAGAUAUUCAGCUACAUUGGCAAAGCCAGAUUUGUUUCAAUUAAAACUAUAGGCCUAAAUAUAAAAUCCCAUUUUAUAUAUUACCUGGUACGUUUCCAAGCUUGUGUUCUGUGCAUUCUACCCAAGGUAAACUCGUGAAGGUAAACAAGUUGUUUGUUUGUUGUUUAACACCGCACACAAUUGGGAUCGAUGACAUUCAUCAACCAAGUCAGCGAGCCUGACCACCCGAUCCCAUUAGUCGCCUUUUAGGCCAAGCAUGAGGUACUGAAGACCUACCCCGGAUCUUCACGGGUCGAGUAAGCAAGUAAUCAGAUAUUGUAAAAGUAAAACUAAAAGCUUAGUUCAUAGAAUAUAGUAUUGUGUAAAAUAUGCAUUUCUCUGCACAGUUGCACAGACGAAUAUUUUGCUUGUAAAAAAACACGAGCUUGGAUGUAGCGCACACAUUACAACAUCAUUACACCAUGACUAUAACGACACCAUUAAUGUCCGCAAAGUUUGGCAGCAAGCUAUUCAUUCUAAUAAACAUUUCGAUAAUGAUGUGAGUGUGUUUGUUGUUUAAUGCCGCCUUCAGCAAUAUUCCAGCUAUACGAAUGCAGUCGAAA